ACAUCUCCAUCUUUCUGGUCUGGUGCACAGAAAACACCAUGGCGUUCCUCAUCAAGAGCAUGGUCGGAAACCCCCUGAAGAGCAUGGGCCUCGGCAGAGAGAAGGAGAAGACGGAAGAAGCCACCCCGUCCGACCCAGCUGCUGCAGCGGGCAUGACACGGGAGGAGUAUGAGGAGUACCAGAAGCAGGUAGUGGAGGAAAAGAUGCAAAGAGAUGCAGACUUCCUGCACAGGAAAGCAGAGAGGGCGACACUGAGGACGUGCCUGCGAGAUAAGUACAGGCUGCCUAAGAGUGAGCAGGAUGAGAACAUGAUCCAGAUGGCGGGCGACGAUGUGGAUGUACCCGAGGAGCUGCUGAAAAUGGUGGAUGAGGAUGCUGAAGAAGAGGAGGAGAAGGACUCCAUCCUGGGCCAGAUGCAGAACCUCCAGAAUAUGGACUUAGAGCAGUUGAAGGAGAAAGCUCAGGCCACACUGACUGAGAUCAAGUCUAAGGCUGAGGAGAAGUGUCUGAUCAUGUGACGGAGCACAUAGAUCCUUAUUUUUAUUAUUAUUUUUUUGUUGACAAUUUAAGGUUCCAACCACAAUUCCUUUUAAACUUUCUUUUUCCCAAUCAACACUUGAAAGCUUUUAAAAUCUUAUUCUAUGCAUUGCAGCUCACACUUGUUAGACGUUUUGUAUGUAUUGUCCAAAUAAAUUACCCUUAUAUAAUUUCAUUUGUAUUUCAUUUAUAUUAUUAAAAUCAGUUGGCCAUAAACUUUUGACUACCAUUAAUUAUUUUGCAAG